CAGCUUAAUAAUUGCAUUAUUGACGUCCACUAUAAUUAAUUAAAUGGCCACCCAGACCCAACAACUAGUACUGCUCCUGCUCUGUAUCGUGGCUUCCCUGUUUAGCACAAGCACUGGUAGCGAUGACAACCAUGUGUGGCUUCUCGGAGAGGACUCUGGUUACCAUGACAACUACGAUACUAUCUACUCGUCAUGUGACACAACUAGCAUCGUAGCACUGACAAAGGACAGACUACAUGUUGAUUACUACACUGCUGUGGAACAGCUGAGAAUGAUUAGAUUCAACUUCCCUCUAGCGGUUGAUUUUGUGGUCACUCGAAUGAUUAACGAGGAACAACAGGACGAAGUCUUCGUGGCCGUACAUGAAGGACAAUUGAGUGGAGAUGUGAGGCUGAUAGAUUCGUCUGGUUCAACAGAUACCAGAAUUGGCAGACUGGAGGUCUAUUACAAUGGACAAUGGGGGACAGUGUGUCAGGACAACUUCGGUAUAAAUGAUGCAAGAGUGGCUUGUCGUCAACUAGGUUUCCUAGGUUACAUAGGCUAUGGGGUCGUACGAAAUGCCCUAACAGUGUCAGCAUCCACACCGAUAUGGUUGGACGAGCUUGGUUGCUUUGGAUCUGAAACUAGACUAGAUGACUGCCCACACAAUUCUAUUGGAAUUCAUAAUUGUGAUCGUUCUGACGAUGUGGGAUUAGUGUGUGCAAUAAAUGAAGAUUUGAGACUUGUGAAUAGUUCUGGCACCACUGGGUUAGGUCCCGAUGGUCGACUGGAGUUGUUUUAUAACGGACAAUGGGGGACAGUGUGUGACAAUAGCUUCAGUCCAAACGAUGCAAGGGUGGCUUGCCGUCAGCUGGGGUAUGAUGACUAUGCUAAUUAUGGACGAGUAGGAACUUUAGGUUUCUCCCAAUCAUCAUCAACCACUCGGACAUGGCUAGACGAGCUUCGUUGCUUAGGAAACGAGACCAAACUCAUUAAUUGUCCUGCUAACACUAUCGGAGUUGAAGAUUGCACCCACACACAAGAUGUGGCCCUGUUCUGUAUUUCGGAGGGAGACCUGAGGCUGGUAGACAAUUCAGGCCGAACAGGAGGCUCCUCUGGCAGACUGGAGGUCUAUAACAGUGGACAAUGGGGGACAGUGUGUGAUGAUAGCUUCAGUCCAAAUGAUGCAAAAGUGGCUUGUCGUCAGCUGGGGUACGCAGACUAUACUCAGUAUGGACGAGUAGGAACAUUAGGUUUCUCCCAAUCAUCAUCAACCACUCGGACAUGGCUGGACGAGCUUCAAUGCUUAGGAACUGAGAGCAGACUCAUCGAUUGUCCUGCUAACCCUAUCGGAGUGGAAGAUUGCACCCAUACCCAAGAUGUGGCCCUGUUCUGUAUUUUGGAUGGAGACCUGAGGCUGAUAGACAACUCAGGCCGAACAGGAGGCUCCUCUGGCAGACUGGAGGUCUAUUACAGUGGACAAUGGGGGACAGUGUGUGAUGAUAGCUUCAGUCCAAACGAUGCAAGAGUGGCUUGUCGUCAACUAGGAUUCUCAACCUACACUCGAUACGGAGCAGUUGGAACGCUAGGUUUCUCCCAACCUUCAUCAACCACUCGGAUAUGGUUGGACCAACUUCGUUGCUCAGGAACUGAGAGCAGACUCAUUAAUUGUCCUGCUAACACUAUCGGAGUGGAAGAUUGCACUCAUUCAGAAGAUGUAGCCCUGGUGUGUGGUGCAGCUACUUCUCCUUCUUCCCCUUCUUCCCCUUCUUCCCCGUCCUCAACUCCAACUACAUCCUCCAACAUAACAUCGAUCAGCACAGGAGUGACUAUUCCUAUUAUCAUUGUCGUUGUGAUCCUUUUUAUUUUCCUGUUCUGUGUUUUCACAAACCGGAGGAGACGCCAUGUUGGUCGCCCAGCAACCAGAGCUCCUGUAGUCGCUAAUGUUAGAUCAACAACUGUUAUCAUCGCCAAGUCAACCGCACCAGCAGCAAAAGGACAAGAUACGGCCUACCCUAUGCAAUCCAAACCCCAAUAUUCAAAUCAGGCCCCACCUCAGAAUGUGUAUCCGCCUCAAUCAGCAGCCCCCUACACCACUGGACAGCAACAACCCCCAGCCCCCUACACCACUGGACAGCAACCCCCAGCCCCCUACACCACUGGACAGCAACAACCCCCAGCCCCCUACACCACUGGACAGCAACAACCCCCAGCCCCCUACACCACUGGACAGCAACAACCCCCAGCCCCCUACUCCACUGGACAGCAACCCCCAGCCCCCUACUCUACUGGACAGCAACCCGCUGCUCUGUACCCUGCGUACCCCACUGGACAACCACCCCCUGCUCCGUACUUGUCUGCAUGGGGAGGAGCCCCUCCAGCAUAUCCAGGAUGAUUAUGGGGACCUACUAUGCAUGCAGUACAUGUAUAUUAACUGAAAGUAGUGAACUUUUAAUAAGAGACAUUGCAAAUUGCAAUUGACUGUAUAUAGCUGUUAGUGAUAGCAAACUUCUAUUAUUUUUAAGUUUAGACAAUGAGAAUUUUGUUCCUCAUUUUUUCACAAAUUAUUUUCAAAAGCAAACUCUUCGGCUGAUUUUAAUGAAUGUAU